AUGCGUCCUGGGCACCCGGGCUCCACCGCAGACCCCGCUCUGCGCUCGCCCCACCCCUCGCGGCCGCCUUCCAGGGUGCGUUUCCGUGCGCAUGCGACUUGCCUGGUUAGCAGCGCCGCGCCGCGCCAUGGGAUCCCGACGCCUGGGGGAAUUCGGCCCGAGGCGAGCGUCUGCGCGCCCGGCGACCGCAGAGGGAAGCCGGGAUCUCUCGCCGCCCGCUUCCCCGCGCAGGCCGGGAUGGCGUGGGCCUGGAGAGCCCGGCGGCGGGGCCUGGCGGGAGGGUGCGGCCGGCGGGAGAGCGCUGGUUUCGGGUCGGGGCGACUAGGGGGACCCGGGAAGCCGGGAGCCCUAUGGACGAAGCGCUCCCAGCCUGCCGCAGAGGGGCCCUCUAUCCCUAGAAAAGCGAAGCGCUUGGCCUACCCCAGGUUAGACUUUCCGGGUGUUGGUGUUGGUGGCGGCGGCCGCUACACUCGGAGUCCUCUCCCGGAGGACGCUGCGGAGUGCCUGCGGAGGACAGAAGAGCCUGUCGGAAUUAGAAGACUUUUUAACAAAUACACCGGUACUGCUUUAGCUCCAAAAAUCCUCUCUCCAAGAAAAAAACGGAAUAAGAAAACAGAGUCUUCACAGAGUGAGUCAUUCUCCAUCAUCUCAGCUCUCAGCCAAACCUGGUUCUCCACAACCUGACAAGUUUGGAAAGCAACAAACAAGAUGCAAACACCACCAAGAAACACCACCACACAAGUCCAGAUGCCCAGGUCUCAGUGAAAAAACACAAACAACAUGAAUAACCAAGAUAAUAUAGCUACCACAGAAACUAGCAAUCCUAUAACAGUGUUUC